AGGGGAAAUGUGUGAAUGUCAAUAUGGUGCCAUUGUUUCUGCACGCAAAAAUGUUUAGUGCAAGUAGUUUCGCGUUUAGACAGUGAUCUCUGGUGUAUACGUGAUAAUUUCUGGAGGGAAAAGUGAGAAACGGAUUCCGAGCGCCUAAUCACAGUAGCAAUGGAGCAGGAAAACAGUGGAGGGAGCAGCAGCGUGUUUGCAGAUCUUCAUGAAAUGUUUGGAGCGUGCGUGCCACGCAAUGUGAUCAAUGAGAUCGGCAACAGAAUGUCCUGGGACGUCACGAGCACCGUAGAUCAGCUGAUUAAAUACAUUGAGGCGCAAAAUGAGGGAAAAGCUGCUGCUGCUGAGAAUGUGAAGAUUCAGUACAAGGUUUCGGAGAGUCAGGAGAAUGACAGGGAUUUGGACGUGUUGAUUGAGUCAGAGAGUUCAGUGCCUAUGCAGAGGAGUGAUUUUAGGGGUAGAUCAACGGGUGCCAUUAAGAAGCAACCACGGGAGAGUUCACAGAAACUUCCUCAUUUCUCGGAUUUCCUGAAGAACGGGCCAAAUGUCUUUCAGGAGGCCCCAAAGAAGGUGCCAGCACCAAAGCCAAUGGUGCAUCCUUUGAUGGAGGAAAUUUGCAAGGAGAUAAAUGCCGGGAUUAAGGUGAUGAUCAUCAUGCGAGGACUUCCGGGAAGUGGGAAGACCUACUUGGGCAGGAAGAUUGUGGAUGAGACCGUUGGUGGGGAUUAUCGACGUCAUAUUUUCAGCUCGGACAAUUUUUUCUAUGACGUCAACGGAGUGUAUAAGUAUGACAUAGAAAAACUGUCCGAGGCUCAUGCCUUCAACCAGAAUUGUGUCUUCAAGAGAGCCUACGACGGAUGGAGUCCCAUAAUUGUGGACAAUACCAACAUGAAACUCUGGGAGAUGCAGAUUUACUGCAAGUAUGCCGUUCAAUUUGGCUACAUUGUCCGUGUUCUGGAGCCUACGACUCCCUGGGCUUGGAAUCUGACCCGACUGAGUCAGAUGAAUGAGCACUCGGUGCCCAGGGAAUCCAUCGAGAGGAUGUUGCUCAAAUACGAAAAACUCAAUGGGGAACAGGAACUUCUGGCCACUUUUCAGCUCUCCUACCGAGUUCCCAUUCCCCAAUUCAGGCACAAUCCCCCCUUCAGAGCCUACGAGGAUCAAAGUAUCCCCGAGGAAGACCCUCAACCCAUCAGGGAGAUCCACAAUGACCUGAACAAUCCCCUUCCGUCCGAUUUCACAGAGACUCCGCAGAGUCAGAGUGCAGAAAAGUCCGAGGCUUCGAGUGAUGAUAGCCCAAUCAUCAGUCCCGAGCGCAUGGCCAUCGAUUGGCCAACGCACGAAGAAGAGAUCAAUGAAUUCUGGCGCACAGGUCCAAAGGCAGAGCCUGAUAGUGCUAAAACGACCGCCGAAGUGAAAGAACAGAGAACACCAAGGAAGAACAGUUUGCCGGAAAAUUCUCUGCUGCAGAUACUCAAGGAGUCCAUUAUGCCGAAGAAGGAGAACACGACGACUGAAAAGGUCAUAACUUUGGAGAAACAUCGCAAAGGAUGCAAGAAUGAGAAUGAGUCCUUUGUCCAAGUUCGACAAAUUUAUCCAACAACUCCCAUUCAAUAUCUUUGGGAUAUUUUUGUCAAUUGUAAAGGUGAUAGCGAGUGGACGGUGGAUUUAAUACUGCAGGAAGAGACAAUCUUGCCACAAUUGAAUGAAUCCUCUUCCAACAAUGAUUUCUCUUGCUGUUGCGAUGGAAUUGAGUACAAGGAGAUUCCAUGGGACAGUACAACGAGUGAAAUUCCUUCUGAGCCAAAAAAAUCCAAGGAUGAAGUUAACAUUCCAACGCCUCAACGUCAAAGGAACCAAAGGACAAAGAAUGUGGAGAAUGAGGAUUUGGCAGCUGCCAAGAGGCAUAUUGAGGAGUUGAUUAGCAUCAAGGAUGAGCACUAUUCGGAUCACGUGAGGAAGAUUCGGGAUAUUCGAAGGGGUAUUUUUCCGUCUCCUUCAACGACUUCCGAGAUGACAGUUGAAUCACCAGAGAUUGCUGAGAUGGGAGCUUGUGGAUUGGCGAGGGAGGAUUCUCCGUCGUCGGAGGGGUCUGAUCCGGAGGCAGAAGAAGUUAUUGAGGUGGAUUUGGGGGAUACUCUGAUCAAUCAAAUGGAGAAUAUCUUCGUGACCGAUUCGGGGGUCUAUGAGAAGCCCAAAGAUGUCAAAACUGCAGUAUUCAUGCCAGUAUCUCUGCUGAGGCAACUUCAUGCUCUCUGGCUAGAGUCUCUGUUCAAUCAGUUGGAGGAACAGAGGCUGAAAGAUCUCAAGGAAGAUGAAGCAUAUGCUAGAACACUUCAAAUGCAGGACUAUGCCAAAAAUCCGGAUUCAUUUCUGCAGGAUGGAAUGGGUUUGGGUGACAGAGCUGACAUGGAAUUUACCUGGGAGGCAUACAAGAGAGAACAGUGGAAGGAUACAACGCCAAAGGAUUUGGCUUCUCAGCUCACGAGAGCCAAACUCUAUGAGACCUUUCCGGAGGCCGAUAAAGGAAUUCUGGAUGAGAUCUUGGCAUCAAACAAUUACAAAUUUGUUCCGACUGUUGAACUUUUGAUGCAAUCCCUGGGAACUGAUAAGAAGAAUGUAAAGGAUAAUAGCUUGAAGAUCAUCGAGGAGAUUAAGCAAGAAAAUGAUAAGAUUGAAGUGAUUGAGAGACAGCCAAUGAGUAGAGAUGAUCCAAAGUCUGAUGCUAGAAAGCGAAAUGUGGUGCUUAAAGAUUUUGAGGAGAACAGGAAUAAAGCGAGUUACCACACUCAGCUGAAAACUGAGUGUUACCAGAAGGCUCAGGAGGCUAUUCGGAAGAAUAUGCCAGGAGUUGCUGGCUACUAUACCCAAGUAGCUAAUUUGCAUAAGAAAAAAAUCGAUGAAUACAAUCACAGAGCAGCUAAUUGCAUUGUUGAAGCGCACAAUAUAAAACAGCAUAAUUCUGAGAUGCUAGAUUUGCACUAUUUGCAUGUUUCGGAAGCCCUUGUAUGCCUGGAUGUCUUUCUGGAUAGGCAUAUUGAUUACUUGAGGACACAAAAGAAACCAUACAAGUUUGUCUUUGUGAUUACUGGAAGGGGUCUGCAUAGUGCAAAGGGAGUACCUCAGAUCAAGCACAAUGCUAAGCAUCGUUUGCAGCAACGUAGGCUUAAAUGUACAGAAGUCAAUCCGGGACUGCUAAAAGUUAAAGUGUUCUACACUUCAAGAAUGUCCGAGGAAGCCUGACCAACACCAAAUCCCUACAACAACGACCUCUCACCCUCUUUUUCAGCUUUUUUUGGAGAAGUUGACAAAGAAUCAUUCGAUUUUAGCGCCUCAUGAAGGGAUUUUAAUUUAGAAGUUUAGGCUUAAGGACAAACGACCAAAAGUUUUUUUUAUUGUUUUUUCUUUAAAUCAUUUUCAGGUCACUUAGAUAAGUGGAAAUUUAAGAUACUUAGAUAUUAAGUGAACGUACCUGAAUUAUGAUUAAGCAUUGAUAAAAGCAACAAAGACUACUAUUUAAGUUCAAUAAUUGGAAAAUGACGAAUAUUUUUAAUAUCUUGUUGGAAUUAUAUAUCGAGUAAGCAAGUGAUAUGUUUUCGGACAUAAAUCGUGUUGUAAGAUGCAGACCCUUUUAUUUUCAAAUAAAUUUUUACACUGGCUCUGUAAUAAGAGAAA